AUGGCUGCUGUACAAGACAUCAAACCGUUACCCUGCAGCAAGGAAGAACUCAGAGAAGUGGCUUCGAAGUACAGGACUCCGUUUUAUCUUUACGACAAGGAAAAAAUAGUGAACGGAGCCAAGAACUUCUAUGAUAGCUUCGCCUGGGUUCGAUCGCUAACUGGAACGCACUUUAAGAACCACUUUGCAGUCAAGGCAACACCGAAUCCGAUGAUUUUAAAGAUUCUGCACGAGGAGUGUGGUAUGGCCAUGGACUGCUGCUCACUUGGAGAGCUCAUGAUCUGUGAAAAGGUUGGAAUUAGAGGUGAACAUAUCAUGUUUACUUCAAACAACACACCUUUAAAAGAGUAUCGCAAAGCUUUUGAGAUGGGAGCCAUUAUCAAUUUGGACGACUUUUCCCAAAUUGACAACGUCAAGAAAGCGCUGGGAGGUGCCAUGCCUGAAAUCAUUUCAUUUCGUUUCAAUCCAGGUUCAAAUAACAACAUUAAAUAUAACGAACACAUUGGUAACCCUGCUCAAGCGAAAUUUGGAAUGACUGAAGCCCAAUUGCUCUCUGCCUUCAAGAAGUGCAAGGAAUAUGGCGUGAAGCGCUUUGGCUUGCACAUGAUGAUACUUACAUGUUCUCUGAAUGUCGAGGAUCUCGCUGAGACUGCUCGGAUGAUGUUCACACUGGCGGUGGAUAUCAAGAAGGAGACAGGAAUCAGUGCUGAGUUUGUCGACAUGGGAGGCGGUAUCGGUGUGAAUUACCAUCCUGAUGACAAACCUAUCGACCUUCACGAUCUUGGUGUCCGAGUGAAAUCCUUGUACGAAGAAAUCGUAUUGCCACACAAGGAUCUUCACCCGCUACAGAUAAAGUUUGAAUGUGGUAGUGUCGUGACCGCUGACCAUGGUUGGCUGGUGACUCGUGUUAUAAACAUGAAAGACACUUACAAACGUUUCCUUGGCCUCGAUGCUUCCAUGACUGACUUCUCGGUUUCCGGGCCCUACGGUAUGUACCACGCGGUUACCAUUGUCAAAGAUCGGUUUCUUUCGAAUGAAGUGCGAAAGAACCUUCCUGAUUACAAGACCGUAGUUGACGACCCUUCCUAUGCCUGUCCGAAUCACGAAGGUGACAAGAGAGAGCGAAAGUUUGACGUGGUCGGCUCCGUUUGCACGAAAUGCGAUAAAUUUGCUGUCGACCGAAUGCUGAACGUAAAUCCUGAAAUUGGUGAUCUCUGCAUCAUUCACAGCGCUGGCGCUUAUGGUUACGCAAUGAGCUGCAACUUCAACGCGAAAUUACAACCCGCAGAAAUUUUGCGGGUUGGUUGCAAUCGUUUUGAGAUGAUUCGUCGAGCCCAAACGUACGACGACUACUUCGCCACAAUGCUCUUUCCUUAA